UGGACUUCACUCCUUCAGUCUCUCUCACUUCAAAUUCCCAAGUCCCAACCCCUCGGAAUCCCCCUUUCUCCACUCUCUCUGUUUUCCCUCCGAUUAUUUCAAACUCCCGAUUUGCUCCUUUCAACCCUGCCCACCCCACAGCAAAAAAAAACCGGUCCACACCAUGCUCUGCUCGGCUCCGGCCGCCAAGUCUGGUUUAAACUGGCUCGACCGGCUCCGUUCAAUCAAGGGCAUCCCUACCGGCGACGGUCUCGACCUCGACUCUUUCCUCUCCAACCACUCUAAUUCCAAUUCCGACCCCACUUUCUUUCCUCCGAAGCGGAACCGCAAUCGGUCUCGGGGCUCCGAGUCAUCUACACCCGAUGCUGGCCCCCCAUCAAUGGGCAGCGUCCUUGCAGAGCUCUUCAACAUGGGGAGCAGCCUCAGCCAAAGUUCCAAACUUUCCGGGAAGAAGUGCCCCAGGAAGCAGACAAAUCCCAAAUAUUUCGUCGCUUCUUCUGUGAGUAACAGUAGAAUAAUCGACUUUGCGCGAAAGGACGAGAAAAAUGUCCCCUGUACGAAUUCUUCUUCCAUUAACCUUGAGCUGGAAAGGAAUGAAGGGGACAUAGCUGGUUGGGAUGUAGAGGAGGAGGAGGAGGUAGAAGGCGAAGAAAAAGAGAGUGGUGGGAACGACUUGAAGGGGUUUUCGAAGAGUGAGGUGACAUUGAUUGAUACGAGUUGCCCGGAAUGGAAGGUCGACAAGCUUGUGUUUAGAAAGAAUAAUGUAUGGAAAGUCAGAGAGAGGAAAGGAAAGUCCAAGGUUUUUGGAAAGAAAAAGAGGAAGGGGAGUUUUGGGUUUGACAAGGAACUCAGGCUUCUAGAUUCUCAAUUUCGAUCCUCCUUGGAAACAAAUACGGAAGAGUUUCGAACGCGAUCUACCCAAGGACAGAAUACUGAGAAGAAUAUGAAAGAUGUUGGUGUAGACACAGCCCGGGAUGAUCCGAAGCCUCCUCCCAAAAAGAGGUUCCAAUUUUCCAGGCCGCCUGCAACUUCAAGAAAGGAAAACAAGUCUGUCAGUAUGAUAUAAACAACUCCUGCAUAAAACAACACAGGAACAAGAGUUUCAAAUCUUAAUAAAGGCGGCUGACGGCAUGAAAUAAUUCCAAGUCUCCACAGGUCAUUUACUUGUAAUUCUGAAUUCUCAUUUGCCUGCUGCUUAAUUAUGGUAUUGUUGGUCCUUCAUUGUCAUUUUAGUCACAAAACGUUUAUUGAUGUAAAGCUCUUUUGUUCUUCUUGAAUUGCAAACUUGUUUUCAGCAAUAGAUCUGCAAAUUUAAGUUA